CCGGUUGUGGUGCCGGCGUCUGAGCAGUCUCGGGGCAGCAGGGCUUUCGCGUGUGUACUGCACUUGCCAUGAGGCUGCUGGGAGCCGCCGUCGCCGGCGCCGCGGCUGUGGGGCGCGGGCCGCUUCCGCGGGUCCCUGCCGCCCUGGGCUGGCAGGGAAGGCAGAUUAAUUGGAAGCCCUGUCGAUGGUGUUCAUCAGGGGUAAUUCCUAAUGAAAAAAUACGAAAUAUUGGAAUCUCAGCUCACAUUGAUUCUGGGAAAACUACAUUAACAGAACGAGUGCUUUACUACACUGGCAGAAUUGCAAAGAUGCAUGAGGUGAAAGGUAAAGAUGGAGUUGGUGCUGUCAUGGAUUCUAUGGAACUAGAGAGACAAAGAGGCAUCACUAUUCAGUCAGCAGCCACCUAUACCAUGUGGAAAGAUGUUAAUAUCAACAUUAUAGAUACUCCUGGGCAUGUGGACUUCACCAUAGAAGUUGAAAGGGCCUUGAGAGUGUUGGAUGGGGCAAUCCUUGUUCUCUGUGCUGUUGGAGGGGUGCAGUGCCAGACCAUGACUGUUAAUCGUCAGAUGAAGCGCUACAAUGUUCCAUUUCUAACUUUUAUUAACAAACUGGACCGAAUGGGCUCCAACCCAGCCAGGGCCUUGCAGCAAAUGAGGUCUAAACUAAAUCAUAAUGCAGCAUUUGUGCAGAUACCCAUUGGUUUGGAGGGUAAUUUUAAAGGUAUUAUAGAUCUCCUUGAGGAACGAGCCAUCUAUUUUGAUGGAGAGUUUGGUCAGAUUGUUCGAUAUGGUGAAAUUCCAGCCGAAUUCAGGACAGAGGCAGCUGACCACCGGCAGGAGCUAAUUGAAUGUGUUGCCAAUUCAGAUGAGCACCUUGGUGAGCUAUUCCUGGAAGAAAAAAUCCCCUCAAUUUCUGAUUUAAAGCUUGCAAUCCGAAGAGCUACUCUAAAUAGAUCAUUUACUCCUGUUUUUUUGGGAAGUGCCUUGAAGAACAAAGGAGUUCAGCCUCUUUUAGAUGCUGUUUUAGAAUAUCUCCCAAAUCCAUCUGAAGUCCAGAAUUAUGCUAUUCUCAAUCAGGAGGAUGACUCAAAAGAGAAAACCAAAAUCUUAAUGAAUUCCACAAGAGACAAUUCCCAUCCAUUUGUAGGCCUGGCUUUUAAGCUGGAGGCAGGUCGAUUUGGACAGUUAACUUAUGUCCGCAAUUAUCAGGGAGAGCUGAAAAAGGGUGACACCAUCUGUAACACGAGGACAAUGAAGAAAGUUCGGGUGCAACGGCUGGUUCGCAUGCAUGCUGACAAGAUGGAGGAUGUUGAGGAUGUAUAUGCUGGUGACAUCUGUGCAUUGUUUGGCAUUGACUGUGCUAGUGGAGACACAUUUACAAACAAAGAUAGCAGUGGCCUUUCUAUGGAGUCAAUUCAUGUUCCUGAUCCUGUCAUUUCAAUAGCAAUGAAACCUUCUAACAAGAAUGAUCUGGACAAAUUUUCAAAAGGUAUUAGCAGGUUUACAAGAGAAGAUCCCACAUUUAAAGUCCACUUUGACACUGAGAGUAAAGAGACAAUUGUAUCUGGAAUGGGAGAAUUACACCUGGAAAUCUAUGCUCAGAGGAUGGAAAGAGAGUAUGGCUGUCCUUGUAUCACAGGAAAGCCAAAAGUUGCUUUUAGAGAGACCAUUACUACCCCUGUCCCGUUUGAUUUUACACAUAAAAAACAGUCAGGUGGCGCAGGCCAGUUUGGAAAAGUGGUAGGUGUACUGGAACCUCUGGACCCAGAGAACUACACUAAGCUGGAGUUUUCAGAUGAAACAUAUGGAGCCAAUGUUCCAAAGUCGUUUGUGCCUGCUGUAGAAAAGGGGUUUUUGGAUGCCUGCGAGAAGGGCCCUCUUUCUGGUCACAAGAUCUCUGGGCUCCGAUUUGUUUUGCAAGAUGGAGCACACCACAUGGUUGAUUCCAAUGAAAUCUCUUUCAUCAGAGCAGGAGAAGGUGCUCUUAAACAAGCCUUGUCAAAUGCAACAUUAUGUAUUCUUGAACCUAUUAUGUCUGUGGAAGUUACAGCCCCAAGUGAAUUUCAGGGAGCAGUAAUUGCAGGAAUUAACCGGCGCCAUGGGGUAAUCACAGGACAAGAUGGAAUUGAGGACUAUUUCACACUGUAUGCAGAUGUCCCUCUAAAUGAUAUGUUUGGUUAUUCCACUGAACUUAGGUCAUGCACAGAGGGAAAGGGAGAAUAUACAAUGGAGUACUGCAGAUAUCAGCCAUGUUCACCAUCCACACAAGAAGACCUCAUUAAUAAGUAUUUGGAAGCUACAGGUCAACUUCCUGCAAAAAAAGGAAAAGCCAAGAACUAGUUUUCCUCACUUUGAGUUGAUUAGCUUUAACUGAGUCUGCAGGGUUUAGAUACUUUGAUGGAUUCCAGUGGAAUGAAUGCCCACUGCUGAAACAAGAAGUUUUAGAAGUCCUUCCUAUUUCACAUUCAGGAACUUCUAUUAUAUUCAAACAUAAUUAUAUGUAUAUCUCAACUCUGUGGAUUACUUUUAUAGUUCAUUGAAAAACCGCAAAUAAAAUGAUUAUUACUAAAAUGUAUUUGAUAUUUAUUUAAGGGGGGAAGACACUAAUUUCAGUUAUACUUUUAAGCUUAGAAUGUAAGUAAACUUCCUUUCCAAAUUUUUUAUCAUAAGAAUUUUCAACAUACAGAAAAACUGAAAAAACAGUACAAAGAACAGCCAUACCUUCCAUCUAGAUUCAGUAAUGAAUAGUUUUAACAUUUGUUUAUCAUAUAAUUAUUUUGUCUUAUUUGCCUUAUCUGUUUGUCCAUUGUCUCUGUAUUUAAAAGGGUUUUGUUGGUUUUUUUUGUUAUUGUUUUGAUGAAGACUUGAAAGCGAAUUGCAUAUAUCAUGACACUUCUUGGAGGAUCAUUAAUGGGCAGGCUUUUCUGUUUAAGAGUGGAUUUCGUAUGAUUUUAAUAGAGAAUGUUUUUCAUAUUCUUCAUUGGGAUAUUAAAAUACUAGCUAAAUUUCUAAUUGUUUUGUAUAUGGCUGAUUGCUUCAAUUUGUGGUUUCUGCAAAUUUGUAACUGCCUCUGUUUUAGGAGUAUAAAUGUUACUUUGUUGUGGUCCUAUAUGAAGUAAGUAACAGAUCAUUGCAUAUGCUUUUAUUUGUGUUAAUGUUUCUGCAGCCCUAAAUAAUAAAAUAUAAUUUAUAAAAUUGC